ACUCUCAAAUAUUGCUCUUUCUCUCGACCCCAUCAGUGUACUGUGUGAUACUGCUUGCCAUCAGUGUACUGUGUGAUACUGCUUGCUGAAUUAUAAAAACAGGUUGACCUCUUCCUCUAAAUAAAGGUACAAGAAGGUGAAGAAUUAAGAUAUCUUUGGAGUCCUCACACUUAUCGGAGCGAAGCAAACGGAAAAUGCAGAGUAGCAUAGCAGCAGCAGAAACAGUUGGUCACAACGAAGACCUCCUCAAACAGCUUCUCCUGCGCUUACCAGCUAAAUCACUCACCCGCUUCAAAUGCGUCUCUAAGCUUUGGCUCUCUCUCAUCUCCAGCCCCAAAUUCUGCGACUCCCACACCCUCCGAAACCCAAUCCCUAAAUUCCCCUCCGCCUUCUUCUUAAGCAGAACCGCCACAACAGACCCCCAAUUCAUCUCCCUCCUUCCAAACACCAAUCCAAACCCAUCCAAACCUCUCGAUUUCAUCCCCGACCCGCAGGGCCUCCAGAUUCUUCAGUCCUGCAAUGGCUUGCUCUUGUGUUGUUCCUCUACAGAUGAAUUCACAAUCCCCAGCAAAUUCUAUGUUGUCAAUCCCACAACUAGCCGAUUCUCGGAAAUAGCUCUUCCACCUCCCUCUCCUAAACCCGUACCCACAAGGCUCUUGAGUGUUGCAUUGGCUUUUGAUCCUUCCAAAUCGCUUCAUUAUAAUGUGGUUUGCGUUUCGGGCUCCGGUACCAUUCCUUCAUUGCAUCUGGAGAUUGAGAUUGAGAUAUAUUCGUCUCGUACUCGAACCUGGAGGGCUGGUGGGUCUACUCAUAUGUGGUUUCCAUCAAUUGGUAAGUUCCUACCCGGUGUAUACUGCAAUGGGAGGAUUCAUUGGCUCAGCACGUUUUGUUGGUUGGUUCACUAUGACAUAGAUGAAGGGCAUUAUGGAGUGGUGGAUGAGCCCGGUUUUUCGGUGGAGAAGGAAUGCAUGUGUUUUGGGGAGUCUGGUGGCCGUUUGCAUCUUAUUGAAAUGUAUGGGAGUGAUCUAAACAAGCUUCAUGUGCUGGAGAUGGGGAAGGACUACUCUGGCUGGUUUGUCAAGUACCGGGUUGAUCUUAAUCUCAUGACUCCCGACUUUCCUUAUACUCCUGCUGCAUCCUGUCGUCCAUUUUUCUUUCUUGAUGCAGAGGAAAACGAGGAACAGAAUCCUGUUCUUGUGCUGCGCAUAGGUUAUAAGUUCAUCUCCUAUGACAUCAGGGAUAAGAGCUGUAAGACACUCUGUGAUUUGUUCAUACCUUUGCUGGUUGGAUGGAGAGAUGCCUAUCAAUAUAUGGAGACUUUGGCUUGUGUGUAAAUGUUUAAUAUAGGUGUUUUACACAUCCUCUAGUUUGGGAUAGAAAAGACCACUAAUGUUAUUAAGCAUACUGCAAAGGUCACGUCGCAUAAUCUGAAGAGUAAGACUUUCAAUAGGCUCUCUUAGUCUCAGUUGGCUUCAUGCGGCACCAAGAUAAAGGGUUAUGUACAAUUAUUAUCUUUAUUCUAAGGUUUGGGUGAUGUAAAUUCUCAUUGUAAGUGCUAAACUCUCAAGAAGCGAUUAGGUUAAGCUUCCGCGAGUCCUAUGCAUCUUUGAACAGCUGGAUUAUUAUCGGUACAUUGGGAGUUUGGCCAGUAUUUAUGAUACUUAGAUCUUAAUCAUUGAUAUGUGUGUUAAAGUAUAUGGUAAUAUCACUCCUGUUAUUAUUUUGGUGGUUUGAUCUAUAGUAGUAUUAUCAUGAGCGUGAUUCUAGUUACAAGACCUUUCAAAUCCCAUGGACUCUUUGCUCAAAACUCAUAAAUAAAAGAACUUUAUCAAGGCCUACAACAGAGACCCUUCUACAUUCUUCAUCUUUGUUGGACUGAAUGCUAGCUCUUACAAUUGAAGAGGGUUGGUAUUUAAAAAUAAAUAAAAUAAAAUAAAAAAUUUCUAGGAUGUUUAGUGUUUUUGUUUUGUCUCUAAUUCUUAUAAGGUUUUGACAGCGAUGUAAUUGAUUCAUUCUUAUUUUCAAAUCUCAACUGUUUUUGUUGGAGAUGUGGUGAAAGAAGUUGAGGAAUUCUUAACAUCUGGUGAAAAUUCUCAAGCACAGAGAAUUGACAUUUUGUGAAAGCUUAGGGAGCUAGUUAUUUCACUUAUUUGCAGUUUUUGUUUGCUCAUGUGUAAGUUGCUGAAGUAUCAGGGUUCAAUUUGCCAUCUAUGAUUUGGAGCUCCAGCAUGAUUACAAAUGAUGUCUUCUAUAUAGGAUUAGAAUAGGAAGCAUGUGUCAUUUGUAUGCCACAUGAUUGUCUCCAUAGAUUUUAGACUUUAAGGAAACAUGACUACAAUUUGUUGUGAAGCACCCGAGGAGUCGGUUAGUUAUUUCCAUCUUAUAACUGCUUGCACCAGGUAGAUAGCUGAUUCAUUUUGCUGAUAUUGUUCCAUAAAAUGCAUUGUUAUUGUUAGCCUUUUGGCCUUCAGUAUGUGUUGUUAGCUUCAUAUCAAUUUUGGUAUGUUUUGGUUUAUUGAUUGUUAUGGUUUUAGUUACAUUUGUUGUACACUUGUACUUACCAGAACUGUUC